AUGGCAACAAUUGACCCGAUACAGUGUUAUCAUUACCUGUCACCAUUCCUCGUGCAUGGUCAAUUUCUCUCGGUCGAUAUCCAUACGGGAAGUGUUGCAAUCAGCGUGGACGCUGGAAGGGGUGGGGAGAUUGAGGGGAAUUCAUGGAUUCAGCACGCUAAUUUGUGGGGAUUAUUCAGCAUUGAAUACCCCGAAGCUUCAGAAUGCAAAAUCCCAAGCUUCAACAACAGUGGAGUGUCCACUUGA